GCGUGCCAAGAUCAAUAUUUCCAGUUCCUUUUACACGAAAACCCGUUUCAGAAGUGUACGCGCGUCACUGAAAGAUAACCAAAAUCGCUCCGACUUAUUUAUCUGAUUGCCCAUUCUUCACUAUAACAGUACUUAAACAACACAUAUUGAGUGGAUUGUUCCGUUCGCAUGCUUGAAACAAACGCGUCCAGUGUUCCAGUACUGAAUUCGAUAAAUCAGUGUCCGUAAAACGUUUGCGAAGCAUGGGUGAAGCGAUGUUGGUAAAUGGUCUGAGGACCAUUCGAAAGGCGAAUUCAAUGGGUUUCGACUCAGAUAGCAAUGAGGCGGAUGGGGAGCCGAUAUCAGCUAAGCAAAUUUUAGAGCAGAGAAUAGGUAACGAAAGUCCGUCCUCAUUCGCCGGAAAUGCUCCAUUUCCAGACACCGAACCCGAACUACCCAAUGAAAUCUCAGCACCAUACGAAGUGCCGCAAUUUCCUAUUGAACAAAUUGAAAAGAAACUGCAAAUCCAGCGGCAAUUAACCACAAAAGCUUUGGAAGACCGUCGCAGCCACUACGAGCCAUCAAUUGGAGGCGCGCCAGUAGUGGACGAUUUGGAUGAUCAUGAACUCUAUGUGCCUCAUUUCCAAAGGGUUUCCAUAUCGGGCGAAGAUACCAGUGGGGUGAGUUUUAAAUGUGCUGGUGGAUUCAUGUCUUUUCUGGCGCUCUGUAUAAAACUGUCAUCCGCCGCAUAUCAAUCAUCCCUAAAGCAGAAAUGUACUUCAAUGAAUCGUCCAGUAUUUAUGGCGUUUCGGAUGCUAAAAAUCGGAGAAGAGAGCGGUCCAUCAAUCGAAAGAAGGGAAAAUGAUCCCAUUUGUGUUGUAGAACAUGGAAUUCAUCAUCCUCCGAGAACGCAGCCCUGGGAAGCGCCAGAAACGCCGGAAACUGGGGAAAUUUUCGUCAACAAAGCCGGCGUCUACACCAUUUACCGCGAUGAAAACGCGGUGAAAGAAGGCACAGCGAACGACUACGCUUAUCCGGAUGUGGUUCAAUUCACCAACGAUUUCUACACCAUGUGCAACAUGAUAGCUGACGGGCCAUUAAAAUCAUUCUGCUAUCGGCGCCUCAGCUAUCUUUCCUCAAAGUUCCAACUGCACGUGCUUCUGAACGAGCUUCGCGAGCUGGCCUCACAAAAGGCGGUUCCUCAUCGCGAUUUCUACAACAUCCGCAAAGUCGACACUCACAUUCACGCCGCGUCCUGCAUGAAUCAGAAGCAUCUGCUGCGCUUCAUUAAGAAGGCGCUGAAGAACAAUGCACAUGAAGUGGUGACGGUCACCAAUGGCAAAAAGAUGACGCUACGCGAAGUGUUCCAGUCGAUGAAUCUGACGCCGUUCGAUCUAACUGUGGACAUGUUGGACGUCCAUGCGGAUAGAAACACCUUUCACAGAUUUGAUAAGUUCAACGCCAAGUACAACCCGAUCGGAGAAAGUCGACUGAGGGAAGUUUUUUUGAAGACUGAUAACUAUAUUCAAGAAAAAUACUUUGCUAGUAUCAUCAAAGAGGUGUCCAGCGAUCUGGAGGAAUCCAAAUACCAAAAUGUCGAGCUGCGUUUGAGCAUUUACGGAAAAAGCAAGGACGAAUGGGACAAAUUAGCUGCAUGGGCAAUAGAUUCGAACGUUUAUUCCGAUAAUGUGCGCUGGUUAAUCCAAACACCCAGACUCUUCGAUAUCUUCAGGCUAAACAAGGUGCUGACGAACUUCCAGCAGGUGAUCGACAACAUUUUCCUGCCGCUUUUCGAAGUCACUGCGCGUCCGAGCAGCCACCCGAAUUUGCACAAAUUCCUGCAGUAUGUAAUCGGGUUUGAUUCGGUGGAUGAUGAGAGCAAGCCGGAAAAGAAUCCGCUUUUCGAUAAAGACACCCCGAAGCCAGAGGAAUGGUGCGACGAUGAAAACCCCAAUUACGCCUACUACAUGUACUACAUGUAUGCGAAUCUGUCGGUUUUGAAUCAUUUCAGGGCUGAAAAGGGCUUGCCCACUUUCGUUCUGAGGCCCCAUUGCGGAGAAGCGGGCCCGGUGCAGCACUUGGUCUGCGGAUACAUGCUUUCCGAGAAUAUUUCUCAUGGGCUCUUGUUGAGGAAGGUCCCAGUUCUUCAGUACCUGUACUACUUGGCCCAAAUAGGAAUCGCCAUGUCUCCUCUUUCGAAUAAUAGCCUUUUUUUGAAUUACCACCGAAAUCCUCUGCCUGAAUACUUGGCCAGAGGACUGGUGGUUUCCCUAUCCACUGACGAUCCGCUACAGUUUCACUUCACCAAGGAGCCGUUAAUGGAAGAGUAUUCGAUUGCUGCCCAAGUGUGGAAACUGUCCAGUUGUGAUAUGUGCGAACUGGCGCGAAACAGUGUCUUAAUGUCAGGAUUUGGCCACAAGAGCAAACAGUAUUGGCUGGGCCCGAAUUAUACCAAGGAGGGAGUGGCUGGAAACGAUAUUGCUAGAACCAAUGUGCCAGACAUUCGAGUCGCUUUCAGGUAUGAAACGCUUAUUGAUGAGCUUUCAAACAUUUUCAAAAACCAUAGUCUAGAAGCCGAAGGAAUUUAAAUACACCCAGCAAUAACAAAGCCGAUUCGGGGCUUCUAGCGAUCCAUAUUUAAUUCGUAGCCCAACAACGUUCUAGUUCCAAUUAACAACUGAAAUUUGAUCUUCUAUCCCUGAUGAAUUCCUAGAAAAUAUUGUGAUUUCCGCAGCCUUAAAAAUCUGAAACGAAUAUAGGGUAAUACAGUUUCAGCUAGUUUCUGUAAUUUUAAAUAUUUUUAUAUUUCUUUUUAUUAAGUUAAUUAUAGUUACUAAGAUAUAUUCAUAUACUAUAUUAACACUUAGGGCGUUUACUAGAGGAGCCUAUAGGAAUAACUAAUUCAGCGCAUGCAGUUGUUUCGUUAUUUCGAUAUAACAAUUUAAUCCAUUAUCGACAAUAUUUAUUGUGUGUUCAAUCUAACAACGUUAAUUUUCCUAAUUAAAUGUACAUUUUCAAGAAGGAACUUUGCGUUUAUUGAAAAACGUUCGAUUUGAGCCAAGCAAUUACAUUAUGAUUGGUUUUCGAGUUUAGUGAAGAGCUGACUGAUGAUUAUUAGCAUUAGGAUUAUAUGGAAAAAUAUAUAGAAUUUUCAAAUGAAUAAAGCAGUUGCAAUA